AUGGCCCCAAACAAAACAGAGGAAACCUCCGUCGAGCCCACCCAAGAACGGGAAGACUUUCUGGAUACCUUGGCCGAAUACCACGAAAAGCGCGGUACUGUGCUGGAUCGCGAGCCGAAGAUCGGUAAUCGACACAUUGACCUUUUGCGCCUCUACAAACGCGUGAAUGAGGAAGGAGGAUACGACAAGGUUUCUGAUACCAAGAACAACAAGCUUGCGUGGCGGAGAAUCGCCUCUGAAUUUCUCCCCAAGAGCCCCAGCAUAACAACCCAGGCUUUUCUGGUCAAGACUGUCUACUACAAGAACCUUGCUGCAUACGAAAUAUCCACAGUCCACAAGCGCGAACCCCCACCACCUGAAAUCCUCGAGAACGUGUCCGCCAAGGGUGGGGACUUGCUGAACCGUACUGUAGAGAACUUCCACCCGCCUAGUAGUAGGGAAGCCGAGCGGCUAAGGGGAGAGGAGGAAUCAGACGAAGAAGACGACAUGGAGAAGACACCCAAAGAAGACAAGAUGGAAGUCGACGAUUCCACCAACCUUGGGCGGUCGACGCGCUCCCUCCGCCAUGCGCCGCCUCAGCGAGUGCUGUUCCAGCCUGAAGCCUCGACUCGCCAGACUCGCCAAUCCACGGGCCACCUGAACUCGUCGCAAGCCAACGGAUAUGGGACAAGUGGAGCCGCCAUGACAAUUGCGAAUUAUGAGCCACGAACAGCCGUGCCAGCCACCAUGAAGCCCGUCGUAACUCCGUCAAACUCCCUCGAUACAUACGUACAAUCACGCAAGAAGUACAUCCUUAACAAGAAGAACAGGCCAGUCCCACUCAAAGGCAUGAUGCUACCCGGUACCGGCUUUCCUGGACCCAGCAUUUACAUUCGCGCUCUCAAUGCGCUACGGUCAAAGGAACCCGAGGAGGAGGCAUAUGCUCUUCACCAUUUGGUCAAGAUCUCCCAUGAGCGAGGCGACAAGUAUCGCUUCGAUCAAUUCCCAGGACUUGCAGAAGCACUCAUAGCCAAAGUCAUCGAUGUGGGCGCGCUCUUUUACGACGUGAGUUGGGACAUUUGUUACCUCGAAGAGGAAUUCAGCAACCCGCAGACCCUAAAUGGAUUAUCUGGCACCCCCGACCUGCUUGAGCGCAUUUCUGCUCUCCGCACGCUCGACAUCCAUGACAGUCUCCUACCUGAACAGACGGCAAAGUCGCUCAACAUGAUCAAUGAGGCCGCACUGAUUAUCCGGAACAUGGUUAUGCUGAAGGAAAAUGCAUUGUUUGCCGCUCUCGUACCGUCCAUUCAGGAUAUGACCGUCAUUGCCCUCAAUCUACCCGCCCAUCCGUCUGUAGUAGAGCUGCAGCAUUACGCCCUUGAAAUUACCGAGCAGUUGACGAAGUACUGGAUGCUGGACUCUCAAAGCCCGCUCUACCGUUCUCUGCUAGCGCAAAUCGACACGGAUGACCGUGGUCGGAUUAUUACCUCUUUGAGAGCACUUGCACGAAUAUCUAUGAACCUUGAUGUCACAAACAAGCUCUCGAAAGUACCGACAAAGACUCUGAAGUCAAUAUGCGACUGGCUGCUAGUAGAAGACGAAGAUCUCCGCAUAGCCUGCCUAGACUUCCUCUACCUGUUCACUGGUUUCCCAGAUAAUGUUGAGACACUCGUACAUGAAGUCGAUAUUGAAGGUGUUAUCAAGCAACUGGUGCGACUGCUGCAGUAUGGUGCAAUUGCUUAUGAGGAACGUAGGAGCACCCCAAAGACUACCAAAUCAUCUGCACCACCAGAAAACACACCAAAGCUGUCAUCCGCCAUUAUCGAUCAUCUAGUCACUCUUGACGAACCAGAGAGAAGCUCACAAUGGCUUAAGACGUGUUUUGAAGAAGACCCUACGGGCGAAAUCACACAGAUUCAACUUUGGUCAGCAUACAACGCUGCUUUCUCAGAGCACAUGGCACAUAAUCCAGCCUCUUUUAAGGCUCUCAUGCCUGCAAAAGAUUUCAUCACAAACGUGUCGACUACGUUUGGUGGUGCAUCUGCUCAAGUUUUGACUGUAGGUGGGCAACCAAAGUACACCAUAAGAGGUAUACGGCCACGCUCCGUACCAGUCGAUCCGAGCACCAAGCGGCCAUAUAUGCGCUGCUGCUGGCAUCCACCGAGCUUGUUGAACGGCCACACGGAUAGCAAACACUCCACAUCUAACGUCGAAUGCGGUGAGUUUGCGUCCGGUGCGAGAUCUAUGUGGGAACACGUCGUCAGUGUGCAUCUCCAAGUUCCUCGUGAUCAGGAGACAGGUCAGUGGCUGCUUGAGCCCAAGCCUGACAUCGACAUGAAAAACGGAGACGCGGUUUCAGCAAGUCCACCUUCUAAGUACUUUUGUCACUGGGGUGGUUGUACGCGCUUCUCUCCCAAUGGUACAGAAUCUGCGUUUGAAGCUGGACAGCAUCUGAAGACGCAUCUGCCAGACACAAGCAUCAAGCAUGCUAUUCAUGCAAAGCACAACCGGACACCAUCAGAAUCUCGGCCCAUGACUUCUUCUUCACAGAUGCGAUACGAAAGCCUCCAGCCGCAAUUCGGACAGCCCGUGGGACUGGGCGGCUUAGGCAUGAGCGGUCAACCCAACUCCGUCAGCAGAAACGGCAUGGGCAGGGAGGAUUCGUCAGGCCUACACUCAGCCCCAAACUUCCGAUAUUACAACACCGCCACCGACGAAACCAACGAUGCCGCCGGUCUUCCUCUAUCCUCUGUGCUCGUCCUCCGCAAUCUCGCCCGUCAGCUCAACAAGAUCCCACCGCCGACCUCCGUCACGGAGAUUACAUUACCAUCAUCUCCAAACCACAAGCGCGCAUUUAGUGCUAGCGAAGGCAGUCCUGAAGCUGCGAGACGAGCUACGACGAGCGGUAAGAAGCCGCGUCUCAACGAUGCAGCGUCCGAGCAAAGACGCGAGAAUGAAGAGAGGGAAGAACAAGAAGCGAAGAAUGCAGGAUGGGUCCCGCGCAUGUUUACUCCGUUGAGAGAUCAGAUUGCCUUUACGGCUAGCCAUAAUCUUACGCUGAGGAAUUACAUUGGCGGGCUGCUGAAGGCUAUUGCUGAAGGUGGAGGUUGA